CUAAAAGAAUUUGGAUCCCAGUUUGUACUUUGUACAUUACUUGAUUACUUCCAAUGCUAUUUUCUAGAAUUAUGGUUCACUUGACAAGUCUGUUCAAAAUGCUAAAUAUGUGAAGCUGAAAGAGAAGAAGACAGUGUAUCUGCGCUGCAUUUGAAAACCUUUUUGUUUAUGCUUUUUCACCCAAAGGCUGAAAAGAGAAGAAAGGGUGAUUACUUGGGAACGGGGUAAAAACAAAAGGCGCGAUGAGCAGUCAAGGUGUGUGGGAGCAUUUGCCUCUUUUGUUGAGAGCCAACUCCAAGGAAUCGGUGGAAUACAUACUUCAAGCGCUGUGGAGGACUCGCAAGACAGGUCUCGACGCCGCAGACCGCCAAAUUAUCCGGGAAAUGCUCGACCUCCUCACUGAUUCCGACCUUGACCCUCUUCUGGUGUGCCUGCGCAUUUUGAUGCGUAGAUGCGUGUUUGUGGAGGUAGAGAAGGAUGAAAUUCAGAAGCUGUUUCCAGAUGGGGUCCUGCCUGAGUUGCAGAGAUUGCUUACGCUUCUGUUCCAAAAAUUUCAAAAGGAGUGGCGAGAAGAUGCCAUAAAUGAUCGGCGGCAAGCUUGCCCCAUUUAGAGAUGAUUACUUGGAGUGGGGGGGAAUGAGGUUUCUGAAACUCAAGACCCUGUCGGUGUACUCCUCACAGUCCAACUCUAAUGAAAGAGAACUGAAGUUUGAAAUGAUGAAGAAUAGAUUGAAGACUGAUGCGGAUGUAUAAGGAAGCACCCCCCCCCCCCCCCCCUCAUGAUGGUGCAUCCUCUAUUUCAUACCCCUCAAUGCACACAAUGUAUAUGCAAUGACACCACUACUAAGAGGCACUUUUUAAUGUUUUUGUGAAUGUUCUUAUUCUAGAGCUUUAAAUUUUUUGUAUGAACUUGAUUCACACAUGAUGGAGAAUUUUCCAUUGUUUGUAGUAGGGAUUUAAGAGUG